AUGUGUUCUGGCUGUGGAGUUCAAAGUAUAUAUAUGAAUCCCAGAGCCAAACCAGGAACAUCAUACAAUCCAACUGUAUAUGAACAUUAUGCAAAUUUAAUUUCACACUUAUUUCCAAUACCAUUUUUUGGUUAUGGAAUGUUACAAAUGAUACAACAAUGUCAUACAAAUAUUCAAUAUUUAGUUUGUUGUAUUUAUACAUUCUUUACAUUACUUCUUUUUACAAUGUCUUCAAGUUAUCAUUUUAGUGAAUUAUUAUUUAGGCCUUUUAAACCAACAUUAAGAUAUUAUCUUCAUAUUACUGAUCGGGUAGCUAUAUAUUUUUUUAUAGCAUCUUCUUAUACACCAUGGUUAGUAUUAAGGCAUUGUGAUUCAUUUAUUGGAACUCAUAUGAAAUGGAUAAUUUGGACUUUUGCAGUAUUUGGUUGUUCUUAUCAAAUAAUUUUUCAUGAAAGGUAUAAAACUUUUGAAACAAUUUUAUAUAUUUUUAUUGCAACGAUACCGGCAUUUUCAUUAAAUUCAAUGACUGAUCAAACUGGAUUAGAAUAUAUGAUUAUCGGAGGGUUGGUAUAUUUUUCUGGUGUUAUAUUUUUUAAGAUGGAUGGUAAAAUACCAUUUGCUCACGCUAUAUGGCAUUUUCAUGUUGUUUUGGCAGCAUCUAUACAUAGUUAUACAGUUUAUAAAUACCUUAUAAUACCUUCAAAAUAA